UUUGCGACACACCACAAACUGCGAAAUCUAUUGCGUCCCUGUUUCAAUCCGACAAAACUAAUCCCGAAGAAUCUGACCCAAAUUCAGCUAGUAUUAUUACAUCACCGACACAAUCAUUAGAAAAUCAUGAAUCAAUAGAACAAGCAAUAAAAACAUUAGAAGAAAAAAUAAAAUUAGAUCAACAUGAGCAUGCUAUACGUAUUUUAUUACGUCAAUUACAACAACCUGAAUAUAAGAAUGAAACGGUUGAUGAUGAUUCUUCUACCGUCUCAAAAAAGAAGCCAGUUCGAACAAACAAAUUGGCCGGUACAUUUCCAAAAUCAAGACCCCAAUCUGGAUUUUAUUCAUACAAUAAUAAUUCACAAAGAUCACAAACAAUUAUUGAACGUAAAACUCCAAUUGUCUCUACUUUACCUGCGAAAAAUCUUUGUACUUGUAGAGAUCCUGAUAGUUUUUGGUGUCGAGUAUGUGAAAAUCGAAGGUUUAAAGCCGCGUUUCCGAAAUGGACAAGUGGAAAUAAAAUUAUUGAUGCUUUUAUCCAAGAAACUCAAUUAACCACGGCUGGUCCGUUUAAUUAUUUGGAAUGGAUACCUUUUGACAAGUUUCGUUAUAUUAAAAGCCUUGGUGAAGGAGGUUAUGGAUCUCUUUCAACUGCUACUUGGUUGGAAGGUCCAAGAAGUUUACAAGAUGAGAAAAUGCGAACAAAAUGGAAACGAGAUAUUCGAAAGAAAGUUGUCUUGAAAUUUUUACGAAAUUCUGAACAUAUUACCCAAGAAUAUCUUAAAUCGUUACAUAGAACUUUACAUGAUUGGGCAAGAAAAAUUAUCGAGACACCAAAACUUCCUUAUAAGGUUAAUACGGAAUUCGCUGUGGCUGAACAGUGGCGUAUUAGAAGACAUUCACCUGCAACAACUGAAGUAAUUCAUCAAAAAGCUAAAUAUACAAGUCAACUUUUUGAUUUUCGUGAAUUGAAUAUUCCUGACAUGGAAGAGAUGGCUUGUGAAAUAUCACAUUCUGAGCAUGCUCAAUCUCAGCAACCUGCCGCUGAAAGUAAUACUCCUCCUAAUCAUGAUACUAUAAAUCAGAAAACUCCGUCAAAGGAACAUGUUGAAAUUGAAUUCUAA